AUGGCCUCCGAACCGUCCGAGGAAGCUAUCGCCAGCUUCGUCAGCUUCACGAGCACGACACGCGAACAAGCUAUCGCCUUCUUGAAGGGAAACAAUCUCGACUCACAAAAAGCGAUCAACGCGUACUUCGAAGAUCCGACAGGGUCUCAGCUAAAGCCAGUAACUAGUUACUGGAAUGACAACAGAGGUUCUUCAUGGGAUUUUGCCCAACAAGACAAUGCGCCACCAGUGCCAGCGACAGCACCGCCCUCUCGUCCUCCUUCACGAACAGACAUACAUGACCUGGAACAGCAUACUGGAUAUCAAGAUUCUGUCGCGAUCGGUCCGAAAGAAGGCUCCGGACAAGGUCUCAGUCUAGCGGAACGCGAAGAACAAGAAUUACAGCAGGCAGUUGCUAUGUCAUUGAAUUCCGACAUGGGACAGCAGGAAACUGGGGUGACAUCAAAUAAGCAGCCGCAGUUCAACAAAGCAACCCGGGAUCACUACGAAGAAGGCGCUUGGGCGAUGACCCUAUUCAACACAUCCUCCGAAGAAGUCAUGAUUAGCCCAGACCCGGAAGACCGGAAAAGGGUGGAGGGCGAGCCUGCGUUCAUCCGCCCCAACCCAGACGGCAUUUACCUAGGAGGGCUCUUGACAAUUCUCCAUAGUAUUCCUCUCGCGCGGGAAGCAUUGCUCCUGCGGAACAAACCGUUGUUUGACUAUGGCCAUGAGCCUCAAUGGUGGAAUGGGCAGCCGAUUAACCUACCAAAGAUUGUCACAGUGAACGAUGGCAAGAUCGGGGAUAGCGACUGGGACGAUAUCAUUCAUGAGACCCAGCGCCUGAUGGCUUUUAUGGAUACCACAAAACGAGCUUUUGGCAGCAGCGAUGGCUUAGCAAAACUCAAAAGCAUGUCAUCCCUCUCGGCAGACUCCGAUGAGAGCGUCACCAGAUUUUUGGAAGCAUGGCAUGGUGCAGCUAUUCAGGCGGAUCCUGAAAAUCCACUGGCAACAAUAUUCACAUCACAUGCAUACAGGAGGAAAGAUCCUUCCGACCACUUUGCUGAGCCCGAUAGCAAGGAGCUCUUCACCUUUGAUCCCCCUGUUGAGCAAGACCAUGGGCAGACGCUAUAUGAAGUUUUCGAUUCGGCUUUAUGGUCUGACAGACCGGGGAAGGAGCUUGACGACGCAUGGCUUGAACACUUAGCAGAGGUGCUAGUCAUUAGACUCGAUGCCUUUAAAAAGCCAAACCCUGUGGAUGUGGAUAUUCAUUCUGUGUUCUAUCCGGAUCGGUAUCUUAGCAGCUGCCGAGAUCUUGCUCGCGAGUUUCGUGCAAAGCGACAGCAGAUACAGGAAGAUGUCUUGAAACUCGAACGACUCAUACAUCGCUAUACUAGCCCACGGGACCCCGUGGGCAGUUCAACGAUCAGGGAACUCCUUGAACAAGCUGCUCUGGCGGUGCCGUUGGUUGCGCCGGAGCAAGCGCGAGAGUCUGAUCAGUCCAGCUCCGAGGCGGCAUUUCCAGAUACGACGCGAGUCGCAGAAGAAUUGAGGGCAAUUGCUACUAAAAUAGAAGCCAAGCUCAAAGAACUGGAACUUAGAAAAGAGAGUGCCGUGGAAUCUCUUCGUGAGAUAUCAAAGACACUAACUGAACCUCCCAAAUCACCAUCCGAACCCCCUGUCUACAAGUAUACGCUACGAGGCGUAUGCACGGAACCGCAUGUGACAUAUGUUUUAUCAAAUCCCAACACGGCUGCUCCAGGACACUUGAUGGAUAUGGACUCGGACAUUGAAAAAAGCAGUGACUACCAGUGGUGGCGUAUCAGCUUCUCGGCGGAAGAUGGAAAGACCCAACGAGCCGAGAAACGGAAAGCCAAAGGCAACACUACAGCCUCACAAGAUGGCGAGGUUGUUGGUUACACUAUUCGGAAAGUUCAGGAGACUGAAGUGCUCCAGGCCGCUCGCGAAGAGUGGAGUUCAGUCUUGCUCGUUUAUGCGAGCGAGAAUGCAGUCAACGCACAAGUGGAUCCUGCGCCGUCACAGCUUCAGGGCUUCGUGAACAGAGACAACGAUGCCUUCGGGGGCGAAUUCGAGAACACCCCUACCAUAAUCUUUAGUGACCAGGAAGAUUCCUGGCCGGAGUCGAACAACACGGAAGCUCAGCAUAAAGCUCAGCAGCCUGAAAUGGCAGAGAAGGCUACACAGGUUAAUGUCUUCGACUACGAGGUCUCCGGCUUCGACGAUGAGCCAAAACCCAGCCAAGAGAUGCAGGAGAAAGGUGGGGCGAGUCUCUUGGGUCAUCGUGGCGCCGCAACUAACUCCACAGCGCCCACUGCCUCCCACCCAGAGUGGAAUUAUGCAGAUGAUGAUGAGGCAGCACGUCAUCUGGAGCAUGCGAAGUAG